AUGCCAUUUGUAGCCGAUUUCAACCCCAUUGCGCUUAAGGAUUCCAAUCUUUUCAAACCUCUAACCAUUGGUGACACAGUGGUUCAAAACCGCGCGGUUAUGGCCCCGCUAACGCGUAUGCGUGCCCACACGCCCAAAAAUGUUCCCAAUGCUCAGUACGCUGCGGAAUACUACGACCAGCGGUCCAAAGCACCCGGCACCAUGAUCAUCACGGAAGCCUCGUUUCCGUCCCCGCAAUCUGGCGGCUACGACACCGCGCCUGGUCUGUGGUCUUCGGAACAAAUGCAGCAAUGGGAAACCAUCUUCAAACGCAUCCACGCCAACAAAUCGUUUGUGUGGGUGCAACUAUGGGUGUUAGGCCGCCAAGCUUACCCAGACACGUUGAAACGCGACGGAUUGCGGUACGAUUCCGCAUCGGACGGCGUGUACAUGGACGAGGAGUCCAAGACCAAGGCGGAGCAAUGCGGCAACCCACUGCACGGUCUUACCAAGCCGGAGAUCCAGCAGUAUAUCCAGGACUAUGUUAAGUCCGCCCAGAACUCGAUUGCCGCCGGCGCCGACGGAGUUGAGAUCCACUCUGCCAACGGGUACUUGCUGAACCAAUUUUUGGACCCUAUUUCCAACAAACGCACAGACGAGUACGGAGGCUCGAUCGAGAACCGGGCCCGGUUCACGCUCGAGGUGGUAGACGCGCUAGUGGACGCCGUGGGCGCUUCCAAAGUCGGUAUCCGGCUCUCACCCUUUGGAACGUUUGGCAACAUGUCCGGCGGAUCCGAGCCGGGGAUCGUGGCCCAGUACGCUUACGUGAUCGGAGAGCUGCAGAGACGUGCCAAUGAGGGCAAGGGGUUGGCUUACAUACACCUAGUCGAGCCCCGUGUAACGAACCCUUUCUACAAAGAGGGCCAAGGCUGGUACAAAGAGGGCUCAAACGAGUUUGCGUUCAGUAUCUGGAAGGGGCCUGUGAUCCGCGCCGGGAACUACGCGUUGGACCCUCGUGCUGCUCUUGAAGACGUGGGCGCCAACGAUCGGACGCUGCUUGCGUAUGGGCGGCUAUUCAUCUCCAAUCCGGAUCUGGUUACGCGUUUGGAAAAGGGUUUGCCCUUGAACGCUUACGACAGAAACACGUUUUAUGCUCCGGGUCCAGAAGGGUAUGUGGACUAUCCUGUGUAUGAGGAGGCAAAAGCCGCGGCGAAGGCCUAG